CCUCUCCUCGCCGGCCGGAAGUUGCCGGACUCAAUGGGUCCCGGAACCGGCGGCUGCUGCUUCUCUGUUUCUACCUGACGCUAAGCGGCCGUUCUGCUGCCGGUCUCGUCAGCCUCUGGGCCACCAGGUUCAUGUGGAGGCUCCCAGGCGCCCGCGCCGCGCUUCGUGGGGUCCGCACGGCGGUGGAGCAGCACAGUCGGGCCGAGGCGGCAACUGAGACCGCGGCGGGCGCGAUGGAGCGCGCUGUAGUGCGCUGUGUGCCCUCGGAGCCUAAGCUAAGCCUGUCGUUCGCGCUGGCUGACGGCAGCCACAAGAACAUGCAGCGCGACCAGAGCGAGCCGCUGGGUCGGGCUCUCAACCGGAUCGCUACCAAUGCCCUCAAAGGCCACGCUAAGGCAGCUGCCGUCAAGAAGAGCAAAAAGAACCGGCCAAACGCAAGUGGUGGCGGGGCCUGUGCGGGGCCUGGGCCCGAGCCGGCUGCGGCCAGCGAACCUGUGGUGAAGCUGUACUACCGGGAGGAGGCAGUGGCUGAAGAUGUGCUCAAUGUGGACGCCUGGCAGGACGGUGCUGUGCUGCAGAUCGGGGAUGUCAAGUACAAGGUGGAACGCAACCCGCCAGCCUUCACUGAGCUGCAGUUGCCGCGCUACAUCAUGGCCGGCUUCCCAGUGUGCCCCAAGCUCGGCGUCGAGUUUGGGGAUCCUACCGGCUCCCUCUUCCGCUGGUACAAGGAAACCAAACCCAGAACAGCGGAGCCAGAGAGCGGAGGCCCCUCGUCAUUGUCUCGCACUUCGCCUUCUCACGGUUGGACUGAGACUGGUGUGGACGAGCGCGUCUACACCCCGUCCAAUGCUGACAUCGGGCUACGGCUCAAGCUUCAUUGCACCCCAGGCAAUGGGCAGCGCUUCGGCCCAAGCCGGGAGUUGGAAAGUGUGUGUCCAGUGGAGGCCGGGCCCGGCACCUGCACCUUUGACCACCGGCAUCUCUACACCAAGAAGGUAACGGACGACUCUCUCAUCCGCACUGUCUCUUACAACAUCCUGGCCGACACCUACGCCCAGACUGAGUUCUCGCGGACAGUCCUGUACCCGUACUGUGCCCCUUACGCCCUGGAACUCGACUACCGCCAGAACCUUAUCCAAAAGGAACUAACGGGCUACAACGCCGACCUCAUCUGUUUACAGGAAGUUGACCGCAACGUGUUUACAGACAGCUUGGUGCCAGCCCUCGAGGCCUUUGGGUUGGAGGGCGUGUUUCGAAUCAAGCAGCACGAAGGCCUGGCCACUUUCUACCGAAAGUCUAAGUUCAGCCUCCUUAGCCAGCAUGACAUUGCUUUUCAUGAAGCCCUGCAGUCCGACCCACUUCACAAAGAACUGCUGGAGAAACUAGUUCUGUACCCAUCAGCGCAAGAGAGGGUGUUCCAGAGAUCUUCUGUCCUUCAGGUUUCUGUUCUUCAGUCUACAAAGGACUCUUCUAAAAAGAUAUGUGUUGCCAAUACCCAUCUCUACUGGCAUCCUAAAGGUGGGUACAUUCGUCUCAUUCAAAUGGCAGUAGCCUUGGCUCACAUUAGGCAUGUCUCAUGUGAUCUGUAUCCUGGCAUACCAGUUAUAUUUUGUGGGGACUUUAAUAGUACUCCAUCAACAGGAAUGUAUCAUUUUGUCAUCAAUGGCAACAUUCCAGAGGAUCAUGAAGACUGGACUUCCAAUGGGGAAGAGGAACGGUGCAACAUGUCUCUUACCCAUUUCUUCAAACUGAAAAGUGCUUGUGGUGAACCUGCUUACACAAAUUACGUUGGUGGCUUUCAUGGAUGUCUGGAUUAUGUUUUCAUUGACUUAAAUGCUUUAGAGGUUGAACAGGUGAUUCCAUUACCUAGUCAUGAAGAAGUUACCACCCACCAAGCCUUACCUAGUGUUUCCCAUCCCUCUGAUCACAUAGCACUUGUAUGUGAUUUAAAAUGGAAGUAGGUUUGUGUUUAAUGGAAUUUGUCUGCUUUAGUUGGAAAUUUAAUAUGAAUCAAAGCUUGUGUAACUUUCAAAGAGGAAAACUAGACACCAAGGUAAAAUAUUCUUAUCCUACUAGUUAUGUUCCAGUGUCUUUAUUACAUGACUGUUCAUAAUGUUUGCAUAGUAUAGUUCCUCUACCCUUUUUUACUACCCCUGGAGGAAAAACAAAUAUUAUUUAUAACUAGCACGAAGAACACUGAACUAUUGUGUACAUUUUAUAAGUUUUUUUUAGCUAGUAACUAAGAAUUGUUUAAAACAAAUCAUUUGAAUGAUACUAUAAUUUUCAUAUCAUAACACACAUUUCAAAUUAAAUCAGUAUAUAUAAUUAGGGGGAAGUGCAUACCAGUUAAGGUGAGAGGCCUAAGUUCUGACACAUGGAAGGAAUAACAUUAGAGUCUACCUCUACCUCAAUUUAGUUAGCAAUUUAAUACAACUUUAAAUUUGUUUUAACAAAAGAUUAAAAUAUACCAUCAUCAAUUGCUAUUGCUUGCCAUCUUUCAUUUUUCAAUUAACAUAAGAUAUUUUCAUUUUCUUAUUUUUAGAAUUUUAACUUUUAGUGUAUGGUACAAAUGGAGAUAUUUAUAUUCUCAUUCUUAUUGCAGCUCAUUUUAACUUUGGGGAUGCAAGCACAGUUUAGUUUUCCAACUGACUAGUAACACAGUUAACUUGAUCCUGUUGUCUUUGAUAUUCUUACCCAUGAAAAAUGUUCAUAAAUCAACAGGGUAUUUUGACCAUAUGAUAUUAGAGAAUACAGCACAAUGCAUCAUUUUAUGAGAAACUGCCUACUGAUACGGGCUUGAAAUUUUGGAUGAAUCAUGGAGGAUUUCUAUGCUAGAAGUAUUUUUGAAAUUGUUGGUUUUUCUAAACAGGAGAAAGGGGAGUAACAGUUUUUGAGCAUCUCUGGAAUAAACUUUUUAUAGACUUGAGCAUUAUAGUUUGAGUUACAGGAAAACAUUGUAUAUAUAAUUUAUAUAGUGUAAGAAAAAAAUUAAAUAUGAAGCCAAACUCCUUUUAAAAUUAGAAAUUGUAGUUUUACUGACUAGUUCGUAGCCUAGGAUGGUAACCCAGCUUUUCUAACUUAAUAAUCACCAUACCUUAUUUGUAAUACUUUAGCUGUUGGCUUCUUGAUGUUCAGGAUAACCAUGUUACCUCUUCUUUCUGCAUUUAAUUUCUAGCUUAGAUAUUAAAAACCCACCUACUUCAAGAAGAACUCUGAUUUUCCACAUUCAUGAGAGCUUUUGUUCCAGUUUCUUUAAUCUCUGAACUUGACGCCACAAGAACUUUCCUCUUUUGUUAAAGUAGUCUGUACUUUCAUAUUCUGCUCACUAUCCAAUAUAGUUUACUCUUAGUUUAGUAAUUUUAAGAAUGAGAGGGUUUUACCUGCACUUUAGAUUGAACCUGGAAGUAUAUUAAAGUACUUGAAGGAAAAAAUUAAGGUGGCAGUUUCUUGAGAUUUUUGUUUAGAAAAAACUAUGAGUGAAAAAUUGAUGCUACCAAAUUUUGCCUUCCUAAAUAGUAUUUUGAGAGCAUUUUAACAUCAUUUUACAAAUAUAUAAAUAAUAGAUUAAAGCCAGAAUCUGAUUCUUUUGCAAUCUUUUUUUCCUUUUAAAAAUUUGGCUUUGGUCUGCUUUCAAACAUAUUGACAGGAUUUUUACAAUAUCUUGAGAAAAAACAAAAAGCAGAGAAACAUAAAAGAAAAAAUAACAAGACAGCCUCAUGCCCGUGAGAAAAAUACACACUUCCUAUAUUAACACCUUGGCUAGCUAGAUUAGAGUUCUGGUCAGAAAAACUCUAUAAACACUUAUCAAACAUUCCACAUCCUGGUUCAUUAAAUUUGGUAUUUGUUGACUAAACAAUGUGAUCAGAUUGUAUAUAGGCACUUCAGAAUAUUAGAAUAUAGAAUACUCUUGUGAAGUGCCAUAUACUCUAGUCAAGUCUCUAGUAUACAGAUAUGUUCAUAUUAGUCCAAAGGUAGGGAACACUAAGAAAAUUGCAUAAAUAAUAUACCCAAAUUGCCUUGUAUAUGAGUUAGAAUAACGUGUUAUUCAGAAAUAUUUAAGAGUUUUAAAAACAUCUUUGUGAUGGAAUUUUUCUAUUACAUCUGGAUUUUUUAGUACAUUUAAUAAAGUAUGGAAAGUCUAGCAACUUUGGUGAACCACAUUUUAUGAUGUUACAGGUUCUUGCUAUAGGAGUUAACAUUUCAAAAUUUUAUAUUAUUGAUUAUAAAUUACAAAGAGUAUUUAGAACACAUUAUCCUGUUAUUACACAGUUCCCACUACAGAUACACACCCUAGUAGUUCAUAUUUCACUAGCAAAUAAUUUCUGGCUAUAAUGUGAUGUUACUUAAAAUUCUGGAAACUAAAGUCAGUUGUUUCUAAUUUUCAAGAAUUUUACUGGGUGAUGACUAUUUUCAAUUUCCUUAAGAAACUUCACUCAAAACAAAUGGAAUCAUUCAUCUCUAUCUUCCGUCCAUUUUCUGUUGGUCCAAGGUUUUAUAUAAUACAAUCCAUUUUACCCAGUAACUCACUUUAAUGUUAUCCUAGAGUGUUGCUAAUGUACAUCUUAAUAUAUUGAUGUAUUCCUAGUUGUCAUUUUUGCUAGUUUCAUCUCAUUUGUGUUCUUUCAUAGUUGAAAAUGGUUCAGCAGGGAAUUGGAUAGGCUUUAUUUAGCUGGCUUUCUUAUACUAGAAGAGUAUACAUAAUUUUAAAAUAAUUUACUGCGUAUAAACUUUAUUUUCCCUGUGGAAUAGUUUGGAGAAAUAGUGUUACCUAUCCAGGGGUAAAAUCAUUUAGAAAUAUAGCUGGCCUUCCUCCCAAAACAGGGUUAAGUAUGGUAUUUUGGAUAUCUUAAGCCAAAGUUUUCUGCUGUGGCUGUAGAAUUUUUAAGUACUGUAAAUAAUGGAAUGAUGUUACCCCUUUCAUUAUCCUUUUAUUACAUACCUAAAGAUGGCUUUUUGCA